AUGACAACCCGUCCAUUUGUUCAAGUAUUCGACGCUGAAAAUAAAGUUGUUGGUAAAGUUAGACUUCCAUCAGUCUUAACCACCCCAAUUAGACCAGAUUUAGUCAACUUUGUUCACACUCAAAUCAACAAAAACGACAGACAAGCUUAUGGUGCUGCUCCAUACGCUGGUGAACAAACCUCUGCUGAAUCAUGGGGUACUGGUCGUGCUGUUGCUCGUAUUCCACGUGUUCCAGGUUCUGGUACACACAGAUCAGGUCAAGGUGCCUUCGGUAAUAUGUGCCGUGGUGGUCGUAUGUAUGGUCCAAACAAGACCUGGAGACGUUGGAACAGAAAAGUUAACGUCAACCAAAAGAGAUACGCUGUUGUCUCAGCUUUAGCUGCCUCAGCCGUCCCAGCCCUCGUUAUGGCUCGUGGUCACAGAAUCUCAGGUAUCAACGAAGUUCCAUUAGUUAUUGCCAACGAAUCAAUCGAAACCGUCAACAAAACUAAAGCCGCCGUUGCUCUCCUCAAAAAAGUCAACGCUUACGCUGAUGUUGAAAAAGUCAUUGACUCAAAACACAUCCGUGCUGGUGCUGGUAAAUCAAGAAACAGACGUUACAAAGUCCGUAAAGGUCCAUUAGUCGUCACCACCGGUAAAUCAAAAUUAGCUUUAGCUUUCCGUAACAUCCCAGGUGUUGAAAUCGCUAACGUUCAAAGACUCAACCUCUUAAAAUUAGCCCCAGGUGGUCACUUAGGUCGUUUCAUCAUUUGGACCAAAUCUGCCUUCGAACAAUUAGACCAAGUCUUCGGUACCUUCGAAAAGAAAUCAACCCAAAAGAAAGGUUACACUUUACCACGUCCAGUUAUGGCCAACGCUGAUGUUGUCAGACUCGUCUCAUCUGAUGAAAUCCAAGCUGCCGUCAACGCCUCUAAAAUCGUUGUUAAAAGACCAACCACCACCGUUCGUAGAUCAAACCCACUCAAGAACGUUGCUGCUAUGGUUAAAUUAAACCCAGCUGCCGUCUCAACCCGUCGUACCCAAGUUGUCAGCAAAAAAUCAAAAUCAUUAAAAGUUAACAAGAAAAACCAAUUACGUUCAAAAUUAGUUGGUGCCACCCUUGCUUAA